CUGAACUCGCUUCGCACGUAGACUGGACAGAAACUAAGGUGGCGGCCUGUGAGUCCCGUGGCCAAUGGCCGCACAUUCUACAUCUGCCGUGGCACGAACGACUUGGAGCGGUUUUCGCUUCUGGAGGGUUCUUCUGUUCAUGAUCAUGUCUUUUUAGAAACUAUUAGUUUUUUCAAUCUGUCCGACUGAUAAGAUUUCCGCCCUCAGCUGUAGUACGCUGGGACCGCGCGUGCUGAGGGUUCUGUGUCUUGCGUCGGCUGCCUUGCUCUUGAGAUACUUCGCACGAAGGUACACGUUCAAAAAAGCGAGCGACUUGUCUCGAAAAUCUUCUGUAGCAUCUAGGCGUCUCCAGGCUUUCGUCUCCAAAUUCGGCGUGUUUUUUUUUUCGAGGCCGUAUAUGUGCUUGCCUCUGCUGCUACAGGCGACAGGAAGUCGUUCCGCUGGAUCCUCGGCAGAUGAUGUCUUGACUGGUCAUUGCGUCAUUGCCGUUUGCUCCUGGCUCUGAGUUUCUCUGCGUAAAUACAAGAAAGAGGCUGAAAGGUGAAUGAACAGGUCAUAGUACAAGUCGGAUUUCGAUCUGGAGGUCGCGAUCUCCGCUGUCUAACGGUGGCCGCCUGUUUUCCUUGUCAUUUCCGUUCCUCAUCGGGUACGCGACAAACGAACCGGAAUUAAAUCGAGAAUCUGUUCCUUCAAAAUUCAUCUCUCCUGCUAGGAUUGAAAGCACCACAAGGAGCGAUCCAUAGUGUAUUUUCUGGCAGCAGGGGUUCGUUUUUCGUGGCAGAUGCACCCCAAUGGCUCGCAUCAAGACGACGCCUGCGCGCAGAGCAGGACCUGGCUCGCGGCCUAAGUUGACCACGGGAUCCGGGGGUGCAGUAGGAGCGGCCCCAAAAUCUCGGGUCGGCGCUGCUUUUCCACCCCCAUCUCACGGUCGAAAGCCUGUCCACCGACGCUCAUCGGCCCCGUCAUCCCCUUCUGACGACGAUUCUCCUGAGUCCUCCUACUCCUCCCGCUCCCCCUCUCCAAGCCGCGUGGCUUCCUCAUCAGGGUCGCAUUCCAGCAGUAGCAGACGCGGUUCGCAUGCAUCAGGCAGACCACCAGCAAGGAGUGGCCGUGAUCGGGGACUGCAACCGAGAAGACGGGCGCCGCCCGGGGCACGAGUACUUCGGGAAAUCAAGAGACUUCGGGAGUCGACAGAUCUCUUGAUUCCCAGGAUGCCUUUUUUGAGACUCGUUCACGAAGUCGCUCAAGACUGUACACCUCCUUACGCCUCACCCUACAGAUUCACAGCCGAUGCACUUAUGGCAUUGCAGUGCGCAAGUGAGGCGUACCUAACGGGGCUAAUGGAGGACUCGUACCUCUGUGCAAUGCAUGCGAAACGUGUCACAUUAAUGCCAAAGGAUCUCCACUUGGCUCAGAGACUGCGGCAUGCGUUUCCUUGCUGAACAAAGGCAUUUUCCGGAUCCCGUUGUCUUUCUGUGUGGGGGCUGCCAGUGGUGUGUCCCGCCGACGACGCGGACAGUGGAGGGCUCGCCCUUUUCGUGUAUUCUCGUUGAGCGCAUUUCUUGCUUCGGAUGGACCCCACUGUAGGAGAACGUCAAUUUUGUCGUCUAUUAUUCGGACACUGGCACGUUCGCAAUGUAGACAGCUCACCUUUUUCGGUGGAUCAGCAGAACAGUGCAGUUCCCCUUGUAUAUACUCUAACCCAUGCGAGACAAAUUGUUUUCCUCACUUCCUUGUAUGCCUUCUGCACGAGUUCCGGCCCUUUUUCGUGGCCGGUAUUUCAUUUGAUGUGGUCAUCGUGGGUCCUCGUCAGAGGAGGAAAAUUGUUGAAAAUUGUCUGUUGUUAACGCUGCAUGUGCUUCGGUGGCAUCUUGGGAUGCCCGAGAUCAAAUUAGGGCUGAAUACUGUCGAGAUAAUGUAUUCUGAACCCCUUUUUAUUUCCGUUUCGUAUGCUAUGUGUUCCCGGGAAGCAGCGGACGCACUUUUUUUUGCGGGUGAGGAAGUUCAACAGCUUCCUGGCUCUUUAUUGAAAGAACGGUCCUUUUGGAGAAACUCGUACAUUUGUCUACACCAUUGUCAAAAUUAAUAUCACUAACUGCG